CGGUCGCUACCGGAAGUUGUACCCGCUUUAUCAACAACACAUGUGCACAGAAAGACAAGCGCCAAACAUCCUCGUUACGAUAAAUGUAUCGAAUAACGGUAGCGUGAAACCGUUCGGUGCGUUGUUCUGAUUACGCACGAGGCUGCUUUCAGUCGUCCGUUCCUUGUCUUCAUCUCCAUCAACCGUGAUGGCGGCCUUGAGGAGUUCGGACACGGGCUUCCAACAGCAGCAGGAUGACCAGGCGGCCAAGGCCGGCGAGGACUUCGUCCGGCUGUUCUACGAGACCCUGGAGAAGCGGCGUCACCUUCUGGGUAACCUGUUCCUCGAUACGGCCAACCUGGUCUGGAACGGGAACCCGCACGGCUCCAAGGAGGCCAUCAGCAAGUUCUACGAGUCGCUACCUUCCUGCGAGACCGAUCUGAUCUGCGCCGACGCACAGCCCUUUCGAGCCGAGUUCGUCCAGGGCCAGACGACCAUCCACGUCGUGGCCGCUGGACAGAUAAAGUUUUCCGGCAAGCGCUGGGUGCCUUACACAGAGUCCUUCGUGCUCACCGCUCAGGGCAACGUCUGGAAGAUCGUGGCGGACACGUUUCGGUUUCAAGAGCCCGCGCCGGUGUGACUGCGUGGAGCGCUGCGAUGACUUUAUCGCUGCAUUGAUAUUCAUUCUUGGCUCUGGUGGUUUGUCAUCCUCUCCUGUGUUGUAAAAAUGCACAUUUUUAUUAUAAGUAAAGGCAAGCUUUUGAGCGGCGCUCAGCCGUGCUGCUGGA